CUCUCUCUCUCUCUCUCUCUCUCAUCAUAUCUUUCUAUCCCUAUAUCUCUAUAUCCGUAUAUUUACAAUUUGAAAAAAGCCAGCAACUCUAUAUUCUUUACAAAACCCAUCAAGGUUCUUGAUCUGUAGUAACCAUUUUUCCAUGGGUUCUUCCUUUUCCCUUUUCUGCAACAUGUGCACCAACAGAGCUACUGUUCCUUCGAAACCCAAUCUUGGGGACUUGCCGGAUAGCUGUGUGGCGUCGAUUCUGGGGUAUUUAGACCCACCGGAGAUCUGUAGACUGGCUCUUCUUAAUAGGGCCUUUCGAGGUGCUUCAUCAGCAGAUUUUGUUUGGGAAUCCAAACUGCCUUUGAAUUAUGGGUCUGUGAUCGAAAGAGUGUUUGAAGAUUUUCCUGAGAAAUUGUGUAAAAGAGAUGUUUAUGCCAGGCUUUGUCGACUCCAUUCUCUUGAUGGAGGCACAAAGAAAGUUUGGUUGGAUAAGAGUACAGGAAGAAUUUGUUUGUCAAUUGCAUCAAAUGGGUUGGAGAUAACAGGGAUCGAUGAUCGGAGAUACUGGAGUCGAAUUCUAACCGAGGAAUCUCAAUUCUGCUCAGUUGCAUACCUCCAGCAAAUCUGGUGGUUUGAAGUUGAUGGAGAGCUCGAGUUCCCAUUUCCAGCGGGGACAUAUAGCCUAUUCUUCAGGCUACAGUUAGGACGGGCCUCCAAGAGGUUUGGUCGCCGAGUCUGCAACUCUGAGCAUGUCCAUGGUUGGGAUAUAAAACCCGUGCGAUUCCAGCUUUCAACAUCAGAUGGCCAGCAGGCAGUCUCCCAGUGUUACUUGGAUGAACCUGGAAAAUGGAUUCACUACCAUGCGGGAGAUUUCGUCGUUGAGGAUCAGAAUACACCGACGAAAAUCAAAUUCUCAAUGACCCAGAUUGAUUGCACACACACUAAAGGCGGUCUCUGCGUGGACUCUGUUUUUGUGUACCCGAGUGAAUUCAAAGAGGGGUUAAAGCAUUUUUAGUUGCAAUUAACCUUUUUUUGUAUGAGCCUUUAUGGAAGUAGGACAUUUUCAAAGAGUCUGAAAAUAUGUUAGAGCUGGUUUGAGGCCUAGAGUCAAUUGUAUUCAAAUAAGGCAAUGUGUAUAUUUAUCCCCACUGUUUGAUUAGUGUGAUUGUAAGUGUCAUUUUCCUCUGAACAAAUUUGUUCUGCUUUUUUUUUUAACUGAAUGAAAACUUGUUCGAGGGUUAGAAAGAAGACGGCUCAACGCAUGUGUUAGACAGGAUUGUUCCGAACUACAAUCAAUCUAGCUGAUAGGUCUGUAGAUGGAUU